AUGACGUUUGUGUUGUGGGCCUUCCUGGCUACUUUCCGUAUUGUUUCGGUUCAAUUGGUUCAAUCUUGGUUUGUACCUGACGAAGUGUACCAAUCAAGCGAAGUAGCACAUCAUCUUGUGUAUGGCCACGGCCAUUUAUCGUGGGAAUGGCAUCAUGCUCUCCGUUCCUUUAUUCAUCCAGGACUUAUUUCACUUGUUUUCAAACUUCUCCAAUUUUUCGGAUUAGAUAGUCAAGUAACUUUAGUAAAUGCUCCCCGUUUAUUCCAUGCUAUUUUGUUCUCCUUUGCUGAUAUUUCAUUUUAUUCUAUUUGUAAAAGAUUGUCUUUAUCCUCAAGAGAAGCAUGGUUCUCUUUUCUCACAUACUUAUCUUCAUGGUUCAUCUUUUACUGUGCUCCCCGAACAUUAUCAAAUUCCCUAGAAACAGCACUCACUCUCAUCGCUCUCAAUUGGUAUCCAUUUGAAGGGAAUCGGUACAGAGGAUCAGUAUAUCCGUAUAUGCUGAUUGGGAGCAUUACCAUAAUUAUAAGACCCACAGCUGCUCUUAUUUGGCUCGUUCUCGGAAUCAAUCACCUUUUCAAAUCCUCCAAUCCGUUCGGAUUGAUCUGUGUUGUUGUUCUACCCACUGUUAUCCCCGUUUUAACAGGAUCAUUUUUACUGGACUCCGUCUCUUACGCUCACCCUACCUUUUCACUAUGGAACUUCCUUUCUUUUAAUGUGCUAGAAGGUGGAAGUGCUCAUUUCGGAGUUCAUCCAUGGCAUUGGUACUUCACCCAAGGCUUGACGUCUGUCCUAACUAUUCAACUUUUGCCUGCCAUAAUGGGAGUGAUAAACUCUUCUAUCACACGUUUACCCUUCUAUGUAUUUCUUUUCUACGUUGUUUUCCAUUCUCUUCUACCUCAUAAGGAACAGCGAUUUCUAUUACCAAUUAUUCCCUUCUUGUGUAUUUAUGCAGGCCACUUUUUCACUUUAAGAUCAUACAGACACCUACGCGCGUUUGUGUUCUGGUUCAUGAUUUCUGUUAAUGUUCUUGUUGCUCUAUACACUGGACUUCGACAUCAAAUUGGACCGUAUUCCGCUUCUGAGUCUGUAAUGAGAACUUUGAAACCAGGAGAAAGAUCGAAUUUGCUGGCCCUGAUGCCCUGUUAUUCUAUUCCUGGAUAUAGCUUUUUCCAUGAUUAUGCUGAACACAUUCGCCAACUAGACUGUUCUCCAGAUCUGAACGGUUUAAAUCAAGCAGAUGAAGGAGAUAUCUUCUAUUCUGACCCAGUAAUGUGGCUUGAUAAAAACGGUCCUCUUAACUAUUCUCAUAUUCUUUUGUACGAAAAGUUGUAUGAAGUUUUGAAAGAUGUUCUUGUGCGAUCACAUUAUAGUGAAUACAGUUGUAACGGAACUGUUGUCAACAAUCCCGAAUAUGGAGAGGUUAUGCAAUUUACAGGAGACCAGAGACAACAAAUCAAAGACUUCCUUGUGAAGGUCGGAAUUGUGAAAGAAGAUAACUGUAAAGUUCACGGUUUCUAA